UCCUAUCUCCUAUCAGACUACAAUGGAUACAUUUUUCAAAAGGCACUUCCGGAAGAAGCCCGCACCACCUCCGUCAGAGCCCUAUUACCCACCGCCUUCCCGUCGAUGCAGCGUGACCAUCACCACUGGGAAAGCUAGACGUCGGUCCAGUGCUGGCCUGGCUUCGUCUUCUCUCUCCACGCAGAGACGGAGUUCUGUGGCCCAAACCCAGCCUGUCCCACCCUGUUUGGCCACGCAAAGCCGCGGGGCGAGGAGAGAGGGACGUAGGAGGUCAAGCACCACCACUCCAGGCUUGAGUCCCCGAUUCGCCGUGCAGAAGAGACGCGGAGGUAGGCUUCGCGCCAUUGACCGCCAGCUCAUGGGACCCUCCAUGAUUCUGGCCAGCCUCAUCCCCAUGAAGAAAGUAUCAAGGAAAAGAGAGGAGAGCUCAGAAGAGGAAGACCUGGUAGAAGAAACGUCUGAUGAAGAAGAAGAUAAUCUAGAUAAUCAUAUUCAGGAAGCUGUAGGAAUGAUGAGAAGCCACAAAGAGUUCUCUGACCCCGAGGCCUGCCCGGUCAUCUCCAAACACCAAACAUUAAAAGCUAUUGCCAAAUCUGGAGCCCAGCACCUGGUAUCCUCUCCCAGCGUCCUGCACAGCGACGCGGAGACGCACAUGCGCAGCACUGUGGAUUGGACGGAAUCUGCUCUUUAUGGGGAUCACCUGUGGUUUGAGACCAACGUGUCUGGAGAUUUUUGUUAUGUCGGGGAGCAGUACUGCACAGCCAAGAUCCAGCAGAAGUCGGCAUCCAGGAGGAAGUGUGCGGCAUGUAAGAUAGUGGUGCAUACACCGUGCAUUGAGCAGCUUGAAAAGAUAAACUUUCGGUGUAAGCCUUCAUUCCGUGAGUCUGGCUCCCGCAAUAUACGAGAGCCAGUCACUGUCAGGCAUCACUGGGUUCACCGGAGACGGCAAGCUGGAAAGUGCAAACAAUGCGGAAAGGGGUUCCAGCAAAAGUUUGCUUUUCACAGCAAAGAAAUUGUUGCAAUCAGCUGCUCCUGGUGCAAACUGGCAUAUCACAACAAAGUAUCCUGCUUCAUGCUGCACCAUAUAGAAGAGCCCUGCUCCCUCGGAGCUCAUGCUGCUGUUAUAGUGCCCCCCACCUGGAUAAUCAGAGUACGCCGGCCACAGAGUUCUAUCAAGUCUAGCAAAAAGAAAAAGAGGCCAUCGUUCAAGAGGAAACCAAGCAAGAAGGGAGCGGAGGAGCCCAGGUUGCGCCCAUUCAUAAUCAGACCAGCUCCGUGCCCGUUAAUGAAGCCUGUCCUAGUCUUUGUCAACCCAAAAAGCGGUGGAAAUCAGGGGGUGAAGAUCCUCCAGUCGUGCAUGUGGUAUCUGAACCCAAGGCAGGUGUUUGAUCUGAGCCAGGGUGGACCGAAAGAAGCGCUGGAAUUGUAUAGGAAAGUCCCCUCGUUGAGAAUCUUGGCAUGUGGUGGAGAUGGCACCGUGGGUUGGAUCCUCUCUGUUUUGGACCAGUUGCGCCUGUUUCCCCCUCCUCCUGUAGCCAUUCUUCCUCUCGGGACUGGGAACGACCUUGCCAGAACCCUCAACUGGGGUGGAGGUUAUACAGACGAACCUCUGUCCAAGAUCCUUAGCCACGUGGAAGAAGGGACUGUCGUCCAGUUGGACCGAUGGAAUCUGGAAGUGGAAAGAAACCCCGAAGCCUGUGAAGAGGAUAGAGGGGAAGGGGCCACAGAUAAGCUGCCCUUGGAUGUGUUCAAUAAUUAUUUUAGCCUUGGGUUUGAUGCUCGCGUCUCACUGGAAUUCCAUGAAUCCCGAGAGGCUAAACCUGAAAAAUUUAACAGCCGUUUCCGUAAUAAGAUGUUCUACGCUGGGACGGCGUUCUCAGAUUUCCUUACCGGCAGCUCCCGGGACUUGGCUAAACAUAUCAGAGUCGUGUGCGAUGGCACGGACCUGACUGCAAAAAUCCAGGAGCUCAAGUUACAGUGCUUAUUAUUUCUCAACAUUCCCAGGUAUUGUGCUGGCACCAUGCCGUGGGGGAAUCCAGGGGAGCACCAUGAUUUUGAACCUCAGAGGCACGACGAUGGAUGCAUUGAAGUGAUUGGGUUCACCAUGGCGUCUUUGGCCGCUCUGCAGGUUGGGGGACACGGUGAGCGCCUGCACCAAUGUCGGGAGGUUCUGCUCAGCACGUACAAGUCCAUUCCAGUGCAGGUAGACGGAGAGCCGUGCAAAUUAGAACCAUCCGUAGUGAAGAUCACCCUGAGAAAUCAAGCCAACCUUGUACAGAAAACCAAGAGGCGAACAUCGGUUCCUCUGCUCAACGAUCAGCAGCCGGUCCCAGACAGGUUGCGUUUGCGAGUGAACCGCAUCUCCAUGCACGACUAUGAGGCCUUGCACUACGACAAGGAGAAGCUAAGAGAGGCUUCUAUCCCACUGGGAGUUAUUGUGGUCCCGGGAGACAGCGAUCUAGAGACUUGUCGCAUACACAUACAGCGGCUGCAGGAGGACUUCCCUUCGUAUCCUGCAAUCUUGCAGCGCCUCGAUCUGAAGGAGGAUGGAACAAACAGAUCCCCAAAUGUGUCCUCGCAGAAGCUGUCCCCUAAAUGGUGUUUCCUGGACUCAACCACUGCAGACCGCUUCUAUAGGAUUGACCGUGCACAGGAACAUCUAAAUUACGUGCUUGAGAUCUGCCAGGAUGAACUCUACGUUCUGGACCCGGAGCUGAUCAUUACCCAGUCCGUAGGAACCUCUCCCGUAAUUCCUGACUCUGAAGACCACUCGUUGCGUCCCUCCAGUCAACAUUUCCACUUUCCUCCUCCACCGGUCUCUCCCCCAGAAUCGCCAGCCCUCUCCGAGCCACAACAGGGACCUCUCCUGGGCUCUACCAGCAAACUAGGAGCCCACGACGAUAACGGAAUUUCUAUGGACAUCUCAGAUUGCCAGCCUGAUGACCUUUUAGUGGAGGCUGCAAAGAAUGAUGACCUUGAAAAGUUCAGAGAGGCUCAUCGCGCGGGAGGCAGUCUUACGCUGCGAGACACCGGCGGCUACACCGUACUGCAUCAUGCGGUCAGCUCCGGGAGUAAAGACAUCGUCAAGUAUAUUCUUGAGCAUGCUCCGCCUGAAAUCCUGGAUGUUGCCGAAUUGAAAAACGGGGAAACCAGUUUGCAUCUUGCGGCGGCUUUGCGGCAGCGCACCAUUUGCCAUUACAUCGUGGAGGCCGGAGCGUCGCUCAUGAAGACGGACUUGCAGGGGGACACCCCUAAAAACCGCGCUGAGAAAGCGAAGGAUCCGGAGCUCGCCGCCUACCUGGAAAACAGACAGCACUACCAAAUGAUACAGAGGGAGGACCAGGAGACGGCCGUGUGACCCCUCCGCGCGGGAGAAGAGAAGAGCCGAAUCACAGAAAGAGACUUGAAAUUCUUUUUCCGCAAUCCUAAACGUCCUCGUCCCUCCGGUGGGAUAUCUGCACCUUCUUGUUCCCUUAGGCCUUAGCGUUCUUCUCUCCCUACCUCCAAACGAAGCACACCGUACACCUACCGAAUUCUGCCCGUUCCCUGUAGGGUACGUUCUGGGCAUCUCUGGAGCAUGGAACGCCGGACCGGUUAUCCCAGCUCCGCAGAGCAGGAGUUAUCAUUGUGUGGAUCAUCGGAACUCAACUCACACCGGCAUCAAUCGGCUUCCUUAAUGGAAGAACCAGCUCCAUACUGUUUACGCUUGCUACGAAGGUUAAUUCCCUUUUGUUUUUCCUACGGGGAGCCGCGCCAUUGUCUUAUACUAUUUAGCAAUCCCGUUACCCUAGAAAUCCUGCGAAGGAACUCUUGUCAUGCUUCCGAUAAUUCCGCUCCCCUCUUAGCGACCUGCUCACUGUGCAAAUCCCCAAGCCUCCUGUAAUUUUUGGGUCUAUUAAUAUUAGCCUAGGUUGUGCCCCCGCGGCCCCUGUUCAGAGAACGACUUGUAUUCUUUAUUAUCCUGCUUCGGAAAGCCUAGUGCUUACGUCUCGCGCUCCCUUUACGGCCCGGCCUUGCACUUGGGUCUCUACACGGCGGCCGAGUUUACAUGUUCCGUGUUUCGACGUCCCGCUCCCAGCCGAGGCUGGUGUCGUUUUACCUGUCGUGCGAGGUUGUGCUGUGUAGCUCUAGGCACUUCUGUGUGUGCUUAGCGAGGAAACCUACCUGAUAGAUUGGUGUCUACUGUAUUCGAUGUCCAUUUACCUGUGAAUAGAAAUAUAUCGGCUUCAGAGUUUUUGUACAUACGGUUUAGGUCCAGGUGAGACCCUUUGUCCUGAGUGCUUGUGUUGCUUGCAGUAGGGGUGAUAAACUAUGUUUACACUUGGCCGUCGUGGCUCCGUCACUGCUGCAUGUUGGGAAGUUUGAGUCUGUCCUAUUUUGGUCCAUCUCAGCUACUAUACAGCAGGCACUGCCCCCCCCUCUUACCUUCGAGGGCAACCUAGUAGUUAUCAUGAUGGUCAUUCUUACCCCGCUUUCAGUAACGGGGUCGAUGAACUCUACAACUGAGACCGUUUGUUAGAUAAGAUUUUUAACUCGUUUGUUGAUAUUUUUUUUUUUUUUUUGAGUGUUUUAUUUUAACUUAUUGCAUAUUUUUAUCAACAUGUGCAUUUGUCUUUUGUAUUAAUGACGAACAUUGUAACGGGGGAAGUAGAACUUUUUAAAUCUUUUUAGUUUUACCCAAUUUCAUAGUGUGGGUUUUAAA